CACGACAUCCGCCUUGGCACUGCACCAUCAUCACCAAGCCUCAACAAAGCAAAAUGAGCAGGAACGACCCGGCGACCUACUCGUCCCUCAAGGACCUGAAGCAGAGCUCGCGCACCUGGUGGGGCGGGAAGAAGAACUCGGCCCCAGCGGCGCCGACAGCGACCGCCGAGCCUGAGCCAUACAUCGCCCCGCCGCCGCGCAGCACGACGUUUGAGCAAAAGUCGCGGUACAUCCCGCCGAGCGAGCGCGCGCCCGGGCAGGCCAUGUUCGAGCACGUCCCCACGGCGGCGGAGCGCGACCGCGACCGCGAGCGCGAGGCCAAGCGCCAGCAGAGCUGGGGCGAGUGGGCGAACGAGAAUGCGACGUGGGCGAGCAACUCGGUGUCCGAGGGGUACAAUAGCACGUUCAACGCCGAGAACCGGGACAAGGUCCUCAGCGGUAUCGGUACCGGCGCCGCCAAGGUCGCUGGCGGAGCCGUCAAGUACACGGCCAAGGGCAUCUGGGCCGUCGGAAAAGCGGCGACAAAGUAGGCGUGUAGGCGGUGCGACGGCGCCGAGCAUGCGCCGUGGCGUUGCUCACGCCCGCCCGCACAUGCCCCAUGCCAAGUUUUUUUCCAUAGUUGUACCAUCUGGCGAGUGCCUCCUGCGACACUCACUCGCCACCGUCCGUCCUUGUAUUCUUUCUCCACCUGUGACUAUGCACCGAGGUCGUCUGU